ACUAUCUGAAAGCCAAAGACCAAAGUUUCCAGCUUUUCAAAUUUCAACCAUGCAGUGGUCAAACAAAAGAGCUAAACAAGAGGAAACUGUUACAGUCAACCAUCAAAUUUCAAAGCCAAAGUUCACAUAUGAACAAGAAUUUUCUAUUAUGAUUUCUGCUUUAACAAAUGUUAUAACAGGUGAUACAACUCAAGAAUUUCAAUAUAUAAUUUCAUCUUCUUCACCUUCUACGUGCAUGUCAAGUUUAGAGCCACCUCUGUUUCGUGUUCCAACCGAACCAGAGCCAUGUCAAUUCUGCAAAAUAAAAGGGUGUUUAGGUUGUAACUAUUUUGGAGCCCCAGUUGCUGCUGCUGAUAAUAAUAACAAGGCCAAGAUUGUUGCCAAGAAAAAGAAGAAGAAUUACAGAGGAGUGAGACAAAGACCGUGGGGAAAAUGGGCAGCAGAGAUUAGAGAUCCAAGAAGGGCAACUAGAGUAUGGCUUGGGACUUUUAAUACAGCAGAAGAUGCAGCUCGAGCUUAUGAUAGAGCAGCCACUGAAUUUAGAGGUCCUAGAGCUAAGCUUAAUUUCUCAUUUGCAGAUUACACAUCAACUCAAUUACAACAGAAUGCCACUACUUCUUCCCAGCAACAAGAAGAGCCUGUACAGUUAAAGAAGGGAAUUAAAACAGAUGUAGGUAUUGGAAAAGAAGAAGAAUUCUGGGAACAAUUAAUGGCAUCGGACAAUGAGAUUCAAGAUUGCUAGAACAUGAUGGAUUUCAAUGGCCAUUCUUCAGAUUCUGCUGGAGGAAGUAUUGCUCAUAGCUUCUGAUGAUCACUUUCAAUUAAAGAAGAAUUGGAAAAAAAAAGGAGAAAAAGAACAAAAGAAUUUGCAGUAGACUCCGGUGUUUCUCAUGCCCAUUCAGUUUUAUCAAAUUUGGGCUAUUUAAUAUUUUUAUUUUUAAAUGUACUUCAUUUUUGUUCUUCUGUUAAGACUCUUUACAGGAAGCCACAAUUUGCUUAAGAUGGUCAUGAAUUGACCACCCUUUGUAUAAAAAUUUACAUUGCGUAUAUAUCUAAAAUUUUAGA